GGGCGGGUGGGGGGGGGAGGGCCUGGUGGCGAAAGAGCUUACAAGGGGCUGCAGGCGGCCUGGCUGCCGGCCGAGCCUGCGGCGAGAUGGCGGUUCUGGUCACCGAGGGCUAAGGCGCCGCGGGGACGCGCUGCUGCGAGCUCCGGAGCUGGUUUAUCUCCUCACUAGACUAUGAACUCCUUGAAAGAAGGAAUCGUGUCUUACUCAUCUUUAUAUCCCCAGCAUCCAGUACAGUACCUGGUACAGAGUUGAUCCUUCCUGAAAUGGUUGAGCUGGAGCCACUUCCUCAUCACUCUUAGUGGAUCAUUACUCUGACAUCAAGCAGAAGGAUAGGAUGAGCACUUCACCCACACAUCCUCCUGUGAUGAAGAGGCCAGCAUUACCAUUGGCGGCUGAUCAGGUUUAAGCUGAAUUGUGGGACAUGGCCACUGCUUCACCAAGGUCUGAUACUAGUAAUCACAGUGGAAGGUUACAGUUACAGGUAACUGUUUCUAGUGCCAAACUAAAAAGAAAAAAGAACUGGUUUGGAACAGCAAUAUAUACAGAAGUAGUAGUAGAUGGAGAAAUUAAGAAAACAGCAAAAUCCAAUAGUUCUUCUAACCCAAAAUGGGAUGAACAGCUAACCAUAAAUGUGACCCCUCAGACCACAUUGGAAUUUCGUGUUUGGAGUCAUCACACUUUGAAAGCAGAUGCUUUAUUAGGAAGAGCAACAAUAGAUCUGAAACAGGCUCUGUUAACACACAACAGAAAGUUGGAAAGAGUGAAAGAACAAUUAAAGCUUUCCUUGGAAAACAAGAAUGGCAUAGUGCAAACUGGUGAAUUAAUGGUUGUGCUGGAUGGAUUGGUGAUUGAGCCAGAAAAUCUAACAAGCUGCAACUCACCUCCAACCAUAGAAAUACAGCAAAAUGGUGAUGCCUUACAUGAAAAUGGAGAGCCAUCAGCCAGGACAACGAACAGGUUGACUCCUGAAGGUCCAAAUGGAAUAGAUAACCAUGUACCUUCCAGCACUGUGGUGCAGAAUUCAUGCUGUUCACCUGUAGUUAAUGGAGACAGUGCACCUUCAUCUCCAUCUCAGGGUGCUGCCAGACCCCGAAACACACCAGCUCCCAAACCACUCACAUCUGAGCCAGCCAGUGAUGCUGUUAAUGGAGAAUCGACCUCACUUGCACCAACUGAUGCCCCUCCUGCCAUGCUGACUGCGGUGGUCCCUGAGGAUGGCACCUCGUCACCAAGUUGCAUUGGAACCUCUAGUGAGGAGGCCCCUGUUCCAGAAGUGCCGGUGUCCUCAGAAUACAAUGGAUGUGUCCUCUCUGAUGGAAUGAUAUUCGGGUCUGGGACUGUUGGUGACCUAGACUCUGCUGCCUCUGCUUCUGGAAAUAGCUCUGCCUUGGAAACAGUGAAGUUAAGGCAGCCGGGUGGGUGUGUGGAGCCUGGGACGAAUGCCAGCACAGAAACCCUGCCCUCAGGGUGGGAGCAGAGGAAAGAUCCGCAUGGGAGAACCUAUUAUGUGGAUCAUAAUACUCGAACGACCACAUGGGAGAGGCCACAGCCUUUACCUCCAGGCUGGGAGAGAAGAGUGGACGACCGUGGCAGGGUGUACUAUGUGGACCACAACACUAGGACAACCACGUGGCAGCGGCCGACCCUGGAGUCGGUUCGGGACUUUGAACAGUGGCAGUCACAGCGCAGCCAGCUCCAGGGUGCCCUGCAGCAGUUCAAUCAGCGCUACCUCUACUCAGCUUCAAUGUUAGCUGCAGAAAAUGACCCCUAUGGGCCUUUACCACCAGGCUGGGAAAAAAGAGUAGAUUCAACAGAUAGAGUUUACUUCGUGAAUCAUAACACAAAAACCACCCAGUGGGAAGAUCCGAGAACUCAAGGCUUACAGAAUGAAGAGCCCCUGCCAGAAGGCUGGGAGAUUAGGUAUACUCGGGAAGGUGUACGCUACUUUGUUGAUCAUAACACCAGAACAACAACAUUCAAAGAUCCUCGAAAUGGGAAAUCGUCUGUAACUAAAGGUGGUCCACAGAUCGCUUAUGAGCGCAGCUUUAGGUGGAAGCUUGCUCACUUCCGUUACCUGUGCCAGUCCAAUGCACUACCCAGUCACGUAAAGAUCAACGUGUCCCGACAGACAUUGUUCGAAGAUUCCUUUCAGCAGAUUAUGGCAUUAAAACCCUACGACUUGAGGAGGCGAUUAUAUGUAAUAUUUAGAGGAGAAGAAGGACUUGAUUAUGGUGGUUUAGCAAGAGAAUGGUUUUUCUUGCUCUCACAUGAAGUCCUGAAUCCCAUGUACUGCUUGUUUGAGUAUGCUGGCAAGAACAACUACUGUCUUCAGAUCAACCCUGCAUCCACCAUCAACCCGGACCACCUUUCCUACUUCUGCUUCAUCGGUCGCUUCAUUGCCAUGGCACUUUUCCAUGGAAAGUUUAUUGAUACUGGUUUCUCUUUACCAUUCUACAAGCGUAUGCUAAGUAAGAAACUGACGAUUAAGGAUUUGGAAUCCAUUGAUACUGAAUUUUAUAAUUCCCUUAUCUGGAUAAGAGACAACGACAUUGAAGAAUGUGGCUUAGAAAUGUACUUUUCUGUUGACAUGGAGAUUUUGGGAAAAGUUACCUCACAUGACCUGAAGCUAGGAGGUGCCAAUAUCCUGGUGACUGAGGACAACAAGGAUGAGUACAUUGGUUUAAUGACGGAAUGGCGUUUCUCUCGAGGAGUGCAAGAGCAGACCAAAGCAUUCCUGGAUGGUUUCAAUGAAGUUGUUCCUCUUCAGUGGCUACAGUACUUUGAUGAAAAAGAACUGGAGGUUAUGCUCUGUGGCAUGCAGGAGGUGGACCUGGCUGACUGGCAGAGAAAUACUGUAUAUCGGCAUUACACAAGAAACAGCAAGCAGAUUAUUUGGUUUUGGCAGUUUGUGAAGGAUACAGACAAUGAGGCGAGAAUGCGUCUGCUUCAGUUUGUCACAGGAACCUGCCGCCUGCCGCUUGGAGGCUUCGCUGAGCUCAUGGGAAGUAAUGGGCCUCAAAAAUUUUGCAUUGAAAAAGUUGGGAAAGAUACCUGGUUACCAAGAAGCCACACGUGUUUUAAUCGCUUGGACCUCCCACCGUAUAAGAGUUAUGAGCAACUGAAAGAGAAACUUCUUUUUGCAAUAGAAGAAACAGAGGGGUUUGGACAAGAAUAAAAGGUUUCUCAUCUUGGGGAACUCUGGUGUUCACAUACCCCAGCCAAGAAAAAUUUCACAGAUAAGUGUAAAUAAGCCGUUCGUUCUGUACGGUGCAUUUUCUGAACAUCUCUAAAUAUAAAUGUUUUCUGUUGUUAUACAGAAUAUACAAAAGAACUCA